AAAAUACGCAGAUGUGUUGAAAAAUUCUGGAUUAAAAUUUUCGUAGUUGUCAAGCUGUCGAAGUCACGCGUUGCUAGCAUGUCGAAGAUUAGCUAUUAGCAGGUGUACACACUUCAGGUCGAGUUAGGAAGGCCACCGCCACCUGCUCGGUGAUGUUUACACGUUAGACGCCGCAGUGACGGUGAUAUGUGGCAGCUAGCCGUGCUAGCAUGGAGUUAGCCCAGUUUUCAGACCUCCAUGCUGGACGAGUGUGAAAGAGAGGCAGUGACAGCGCUAGGUGGUGAUAACCCACCCACCAGCCAACCAGCGGCCUUUGUUUACCUGCUUCUCAGGUAGGACGUGAGCAGGGGGCAGGGCCACCCAGCAGGUAGGAGGGAUGCCUGUGGAGGGCGGAAGCAGCAGCGGCUCUGCUUCAGCCGGUCGUCACCCCAAGCAGAAACGUAAGGCUCACAGUUUGUCAAUCCGGCGCACGAACAGCACAGAGGAGAGGCCACCGGGCAUCCAGAGAGGAGACAUGCUGGAGGGACAGGACUCCAAGCUGCCCCUCUCCUUACGGAACAACCUUCUUGACCUUUUUGGCCAAAUUGAGCGCGAGUUUGAAAAUCUGUACAUCGAAAACCUUGAAUUACGCAGGGAAAUUGACUCCCUGAAUGAGCGUCUGACCGGAGAUGGACAGACUAUUGAGGGAGGAGACCCCACCAAGGGAGCCCUGAAAGCUAAAGCCAGCCACAGCACCAGUCAGCUGUCACAGAAGCUGAAGACGACCUACAAAGCCUCUACCAGCAAGAGCUCGUACACUCUCCACGGCAAAAUAGGUGGACCUCGCAACUUCAGUGUGGCCACAUGGGAGUUGUGGGGCGGAGAUUCAUGGAUUGUGUCCAGUUUCAAAGCCACCACAGGGUCCCGGGCUUUGUGCCAGCUGCUUAAGGAGUACGUGGGCCACCGGGACGGGAUCUGGGACCUCAGCGUCACCCGAACUCAGCCAGUGGUCCUGGGAACUGCCUCUGCAGACCACUCAGCCCUGCUGUGGAGCAUCGAGACUGGGAAGUGUCUGCUGAGGUAUGCUGGUCAUGCAGGAUCAGUCAACUCCAUCAAGUUCCACCCCACGGAGCAGAUGGCCCUCACAGCCUCCGGGGACCAGACGGCUCACAUCUGGCGCUACAUGGUUCAGCUUCCUGCCCCACAGCCACCACCAGAUGUCAGUGCUCUGUGUGAUGACGACCAGGACUCGUCAGACAGAGAGGAAGGCGAGGUGGAUGGCGAGGGCCCGUGCGAGGUCCCCACCGUCCGGGUCGCCACAGCAACGCUGAAGAGCCACCAGGGCGUAGUGAUUGCAGCUGACUGGUUGGUCGGAGGCCGACAAGUGGUGACAGCUUCCUGGGAUCGUGCCGCCAACCUGUACGAGGUGGAGACGUCUGAACUGGUUCACACACUCACAGGCCACGACCAGGAGCUGACACACUGCUGUACCCACCCCACCCAGCGGCUGGUGGUCACCUCGUCCAGAGACACCACCUUCAGGCUGUGGGACUUCAGAGACCCGUCCAUCCACUCUGUUAACGUCUUCCAGGGACACACUGACACGGUGACGUCGGCAGUGUUCACGGUGGGCGACAACGUGGUUUCAGGCAGCGAUGACCGCACCGUCAAGGUGUGGGAUUUGAAGAACAUGAGGUCGCCCAUAGCAACCAUCCGCACGGACUCAGCCGUGAACAGGAUAAGCGUGUCUGCCAACCAGAGGAUCAUCGCUCUGCCGCACGACAAUCGACAGGUCCGACUGUUUGACAUGAGCGGAGUGAGGCUGGCCAGACUCCCACGCAGCAACCGCAUGGGUCACCGGCGUAUGGUGUGCUGUACAGCCUGGAAUGAAGAGAACCAGUCGUGCAACCUGUUCACCUGCGGCUUCGACCGUCAGGCCAUCGGCUGGAACAUCAACAUCCCCGCACUGCUGCAGGAGAAGUGAUGCCACUGACACACACACACACACACGCACACACACACGCACUCACUAAGUAGGAGACUGAAUCUAUCCCUGUAUAUACAGUCUGGUACAAACAAACACUGUAAUCUGUGGCCCUCGUACAUGCUGGUAUGAUUAAAAUGUUCACCCUGAGAAAUGUGAUGUGUUUCACAGCAGGAAGGAGUGAAACACACCUUCAUUAUCACAGUUAGUGUUGUUUUCCAGGAUGCAGCGAUUAACCCUGAUCGAUACGAGCACAUUAUUCCCCCCGAUGAACUGAUCCCGUCUUUGGCUGCGCACACGUCGUCCUGGUGUUAAAGAGACUGACACGGGUCCAACAUUUUAAAGUGCGAGCGUGUACGAGGCCACAGAGCUGCUCUUCUGUACCCGAGCCCUUCACUUAUUUAGCAUGGAUUGUGAAUUGUGACGCUUGGCUGAUCCGUUCGUCUCUGCCUUUUCUGUUGAAGACUGCACAGUCACAUCACUGCUGUUUAGUUAGUGCUGCAUGUGGAUGAACUCGGUUUGGACGUGACCUGUAAAGUUGUGUGAGAGCGGUUUUGUAGAACAUGAGCCAGAGACGUUAUGUGUAUAUUGAGUUGUGGCCUGAUGAAGUGACCUGCGUCGCAGGUUGUUGUUUGUUUAAGUGGAUUUACUGUCUCGCACCUUUUGGGGGUGGAGCUUGGAGGACGCGAUGCGGUUCUGUGAAACGUUUUUUUUUCUUUUAGUCAAACUUGGAAUUUUUCUUCUCAUGGUGACAAACAUAUCAUAUUCAGGACCUGCUGUCCUGUCUGAGGGUCUUCACCCACUGAGAUUCGAGUCUGCCUAUUACCUUUGAUGCUUUGAGUUCACAGCCAGCCUCCACGUUUAAUAUUUCAGACUUACUGUAUGAUGCUGUAACUCUGCCUUGUUCCAUGUUUACAGUAGGAUUUCAUGGGUUUUUUUAAGUAUUGCUCUACUUUGCCUUUUUUUUUUCUGUCAGGACGCAAAGUGUCAAAAGCAAAGCAAUAAUCAGAAAACAGCUCACGAAUCCUCUGCAGGUCUGUGCUCAACAUAAUCAUGUCGUCGUGCUCAUGGUGCAGGUGUAGGUGUAGGUGUCCAUAAUCUGCCCCCAUGUUAGCGUGGUGUCAGUUAGCCAUCCUCCUCAGCCCGUUGCCAACUCACAGCCCCGCGUUGCUGUAGUCCGUGAUCCCUCAGUGAAUUCGUUGGUUACUGGUCAUUUCUGUGCUCGUCAGUAUCAAGUUACAGUGUUCUUACUUCGCAUUGAACCCUCAGCCUCGUUCGGCCUCUUUGCAUCUUUUGUUGUAGAUGAAGCUUUUCAGUGUGUGAGGGGAAAAAAAGAAAACAGAAGCAAUAAGCAGCUCCUCGAUGUUUCUGGUCCUCAGAGUGAAAUUAGUGGACGUGGAGUCUGAGGGUCACGCAGCAGCUUCUCUGGAGCUGAGCUCGACCAGGAUCCACGAAACUCUUUACUUCUUACACUUGUGCAAUAUCCCGAACAUGAAGACAUGCUGUAGUUUUCGAUCUUCAGACGUUUAACUUAUUUCAGUGCUGUAAAAUCCCAUAAGACGACUCAUUGUACUUGUGUGACUGGUGUAGAUGUAGCUCAGUGUGCGUACCGUCGGUUUGUGUAACUCAGCCAGAAGUCGACUUCAGGCGACACUUGGCUGCUCGUCUUACCAACAAUAGAGCCGGGAUGGAUUUUUGAAGUAGCAUGAACCUAAAGAUGUAAUGAACUCAUAGAAAUGCCUUACCAUUGCUUUGAAAAAACGGUGCAUGAGCCUUAUCCAUCUGAGCAUCAAUGCACUUUUCCAAAUGCUUGUUAAAUUACUAAUUGUGUCCCCCUGCACAGAGCAGAUAGGGUUCUCACUGCUGUGUCAUUCAGGGAGCUCAAUCCAGCGCCCACUGGUAUCACUGUCAUUUUAAUCUGCAGGUAGAAAGGAAAGUCCGACGUACACCCCCCACAUACGAGUCCUGGCUCUGUGAUUUAGGAUUGAUACCUUAAAUUACUGCGUUCUGCACUGAGGCAGUAAAAAAAAAACGUGGAAAGGCUUCGCUUCAUUGUGGCGAAUCGUAUUCAACUCAGACUUCAUUAUGUGAGCUACUUUGCAUACUUUAUUGUGAUGGGUACGUGCUCUCUGACACUUUCCAAUAAAAACGUGUGAUUUCCUUU